ACAUUCUUUUUUCUGUUAUACGAUAAUCGAGCUUUUACAACUUGCUUAAAAAAAUGUUGAUAAAGGGCGAUGUCACGAAACUAUAAAGCAGAAUAGCCGCCAUAUUAGCACCUGCCCGUGAUUCAUUUUGUUCCAUUCCGUUUGAUAACAGAAUUAAACUGCUAAAACAUGUUUGCAGUAAGAAGAAUUUCCAAGGGUAUAAAAAUACCCUUACAUGCAACUUAUUCAACAAACUCUAAACUUAUUGAAGUUACACAUGACAAUCAAACAGGUAUAGCUACAAUAUCAAUGGCAAAUCCACCUGUAAAUAGUUUAAAUAAAGACUUAUUAAGUGCCUUAAAAACAUCUUUAAUGGAUGUACAACAAAAACAGUGCAAAGGUGUUAUAUUGACAUCCUCAUUACCAAUGGUAUUCUCAGCAGGACUUGAUAUAAUGGAAAUGUAUAAUCGAAAUGAAAAGCAACUAACUGAAUUUUGGCAAACAUUGCAAGAUACAUGGUUAACUUUGUAUGGUUUGGAAAUACCAGUAGCUGCUGCUAUUAAUGGUGCCAGUCCUGCUGGAGGAUGUUUAUUAGCACUUUCUACUGAAUAUAGAGUUAUUGUCGAAGGAAAGCAUACCAUAGGACUGAAUGAAACACAGCUAGGAAUUGUGGCUCCAACAUGGUUUAGAAGUCUGUAUAUUGAAACAUUAGGAUAUAGAACAGCUGAAAUAGCACUUUUACGAGGAACAUUAUUUAAUGUCAAAAAGGCAUUAGAAAUUGGACUUGUGGAUGAAAUAGUUCCAGAUAAAACAAGUGCAAUCAGCAAGUGCCAAGAUUAUAUAGCAAGUUUUAAAAAUAUACCUUCUAAAGGUCGAGCAAAAACAAAAUUGGACUUAAGACAACAUAAUUUGGACUGGUUAAAAGAAAAUCGAGAAUUGGAUCUUAAUACUUUUUUGACACUUAUUCAAUUACCAAAAGUGCAAGCUGGUCUUAAACUGUAUAUUGAAUCUCUAAAACAAAAGUAAGACAACUUGUUAAAAUGUUACACUGAAAAUAUAACUUUUUUUAUACUAUUUUUAUAACAAAUGAUGUAGAUAAAUAUAUUUAUAUAUUAA